CCCAGGGACCGAUAGCCGUGCAAAGUUCUCUCCUGCAUCUUCAUGACUCUGGCUGCCUCAUUCCGACUCUCCCUGCGCAGAAGAGUGCCUAUGCUCACCCUGUGAGCCCUUGCGGAGCACAGUGCGGACCACGCGAACAAUUUCUCCGUCCGACCUCGGCCUUAGUGCAUGGGGCUCACAAGCUUGCUUCUGCGUUUCGAGGGCGCGUCUAGAUAUCCUAGAUCGCCGGUUAUCAGAGGUGAUGGGCUGGAAGCAUCAUCAAUCUGAGAUGUUUCAUGCUCCCAGGUGCCUCUCUGGCCACACCUCCUAAGAGUCCCGAUCCAGUUUGAACAAACCCCCGAGGCUGUCUCCCUCUGGACCGAUAUCGAAAAUGCAGGAAGACGCCGACAGUCCGACUGGAUCUCCGGGUCCUUCGAACUCCAAAAAGCGACGCUAUGCUCGUGUGAGCAGAGCCUGCAAUGAAUGUCGUGUUCGAAAAAUCCGGUGCAACGGCCGGCAACCAUGUGAACCAUGUGAAGACUUUGAACGUUAUUGUACAUUUACAUCUACACGAGGGCAACGUAUGUCUGGCGCCCCACGAACAAAAAUUCUGGAGGAUCGUCUGCGCCGAGCAAGAGCCUUGAUAACCAGACUUCAAAGCCAGCAUCCGUCAACCCAGCUCAAUGUUGAGGUCAACGGCAUCUUUGACUCUCCGCCUGGGUCGCCCACCCCCAUAAACGCAGACACUCUAGCAUCGCUAGAUUCGAGCUCUGAAGACCACCUAGAGAACAUGCUAGACGGUAAAGGCCGACUCACCUCUACUAAAAACUCCACCGAGUACUAUGGCGGCGGUUCAGGCUUUGCGUUUCUUCAGCAGACGCAGCUGCUGUUCCAUCGAGAUUCCCCUACGGCGGAACUCCGAAAUGGUGGCCACCUGUCUCUCGACGCCAUGUCCAGGCUCUUUGAUUCGCCGCUGCCAGAUAAACAGGCGCUAGCAACCGAUAUCCCCAUCUCGAAGCUGCUACCCUCUAGGCAAUCAGCCACCGAACUGCUGCAUGCCGUGUUUGGACAGACUUACCAAUUGCUGCAGUUUCUCCACGAACCUACUUUUCAGAAACAGACGGACCGAAUAUACAAUCUCGACCCCAUGGACUUUGAAGAUUCUGACCAUGAUUUUCUACCACUCUUUUACUCAGUAACUGCUCUUGGGUAUCUAUUUCAUCAGAAAAUGCACCACAAAUAUGGCUGCAAAGGCGCCGUCAACCAAGCAAUGCGACAUUUCAUCGCGGCUCGCCGAAUGGUCGAUCUCGAUCGUUGUCGCGACAUUCCAACCCUCCAGACGUUACUCUGUUUUAUCCUUUUUCUGAUUUCGACUGCCCGUCUUGCCACAGCGCACACUUUUAUCGGACUGGCCGUCGCAGCUGCCAUGAGGAUGGGACUGCACUCUCAAGCCUCGUGUGAUGGGCUUUCUGAACUAGAGAAAGAUGUUCGCCGCAGAACAUUCUGGACAAUCGUUAAGCUGGACAUCUACAGUGGUACGGUCCUUGGACUUCCAGGGAUGAUUAAACUUGACUAUGUGGAUCAGCCCAAGCCGAGCGGCCACAUUCGUGACUAUGCGAAUGAGGACUGGGGUGGGUUUGCCUCUCUGAGCACCAGGCGAAUGUUUGCGGCGUCGGCGCAAUAUCUAGAGAUCCUCAUGAUUAUGAGCAAAGUGGUGCAGAAGUUAUAUCCGAAGACUGAUUCGGAGGCUCACCGGGUGGGCGAAUCAAAGAAGAUCUAUGUCAGCAACGCCGCAAUCCUCGAGAUUGAGAACGAGUUCAAGAUUUGGAGAGACGGAUUGUCUGACUCACUUGGCCUGACUGAAGACAACAGCAACGCAAGCAGCAUCGUUUACGAAUUGGAGAUGGUCCAUAAUUUUGGCUACAUCCUCCUUUACCGGCCGUUUCUGCAUUACUUAGCAAAGGCCAAAAGCGAGAAUCCACCAAACGUGCAACUCUUGCGAUGUGCCGCCUGCUGCGUGAAGAUAUCCAGGUUCACCAUCUCGCGUUCCAAUGAGAUGCUCCAAAAAGGGUUCCUUGCUCCCGCGGCAUGGCAAUCGGUGUACACGGUGUUUUUGUCGCUAGUCACGCUGAUCUUCUUUCUUGCUACACAGCACGGCAACAAGGACUAUGCCAUCAUCCAGAAGGAGACUGAAACGGGGGUCCGAAUUCUCGCUAGGACAUCUUGCCAGGAUAUUGGUUCGAGAAGAUGUCUGGAUGUUUUGAGAGUACUCACCAAAAGGCUCUCGCACAUAAUCAACCUAGAUAUCGAUGAGAUCUCAGCAGGAGUUCAAAUAUACUGCCAAGAUAGCAACGGGGAUGCGGCUGUUCCGAAGCCAGGAACGUAUUCCAGUGGCUCUAACCUUGCUCUGCUCGACCGUUUCGGAGGACGGAGCUUGAAUGAGGCACCGACUCUUCCAAAUAACUCACAGUUUGUAUUCCAGCCUCCAUCCGGCACCCUGCAAGCUACUCCGUUGCACAGUCUGCUCAGUCCUGCACCAAUCUACUCGUCCGAAUCAAUUGUGUAUCCCGCUCAACCGUCGGCAUGGGAUCAGGCAGCAGGAUGGCCGAGCACAACAAGCAGUCCGUAUCUUGCAAGACCGUCCUUGCGUCAGGCUUCCCCUCCGGCGCCCACGGACGUCGCUGAAUCCCUUACACAUUCGGACAUGGAGGUCCCAUACACUGAUGGGUUCGCAUGGCCGUUCCAAGUGAACGCACAUAUGGGGGAUGGGCGUCACAACAAUACUGAUUCUUCCCACCCGCAACCCGAAACUCCCGGACUUACCCCUCAAGAUAUUGCUGCCUUUAUGCGAAUUAAUCCUGGAGACGAACCAUUCCUCUAGCUUUGGUAUAUUGUGGGUUUUGGCCCUGGAUAGCAAAGGAGAUUUUUGUAGGAGUUCAGGCAGCUGUAUGUGUCAAGCGACCAAUAUUUCGCAA